CGGGUCAUUUCGAAUAUAAACGACUCAAGAAAAGGUUUAUGGUACAUAAACCUGCGUAUUCUAUUCCUCGACAGUUCAAAAUGAAACUGUUACAAGUUGUUCUGGUAUUACUGUUCGUGGCUUUUAUUACUGCGAAAGUGCCACCUAAUAGACAGAGCUCACUGAAUGUACUGACUCAGGUACAAUCAGUAAUUCCCAGUAAAAAGAGUAGAUCCAGUGAGCAGUCCGCCGCAGAUGUGCUCAAUAGUUUCUACCGCAGCGUUCUGACAGUACAAAUUGAGGCUGUUCAGAAGGUCUUGGACACCGAAGCCGAAUUGUCGGCCUUCGGAGAAACCGUCGAUUACUGGUGUUGGGAAAACAACGUCUCACUGCUGGAAGGCACCAUAAGGUGGGUUGGAGUGGGUUACAGCAAUUGUUUGGCAAAGCUGGACACGUCGGUCGCCGAAAUACUUUCAGAAGUGUACAGCCGCAGUCAUGACGAAAAGGUAGAUCUAAGUAAGUAUAGUGUAUUUGGUCUCUUCCGGAAGAAGAAUGUCAUCAGCAAUCCAGAGGCCAUCCAAAAAGCAAUCGCUUCGAUCAAUUUCGGCAUCACCAAGGUGAUCCCCGAACUUAACGGAGUUCUGCCCGAAUUUGAAGCCAAAUUGAACGAAAAACUUACAAACUAUUCUGGAUGUUUGACUCAAAAGUUUAGCUCUGCUAAAGUGACGCUCGAUAGUAUGUUGAGCAGUGCAAAAGUGUGUGCAGAAAGUUACUGAAAACGCGGAAAAAUGUCCAGAAACUGCGCUAAUGCAAUACAUGUCUGUUCAAUAAAGCACGUGGUGAGAAAUUUUAUUGAUAAAGCUUUUUGAUAACGUUCACAUGCCCGACACAACCAAUUAGAUCAACAAUUUCAAUCUAUUGAACCAGGGGGCGUACGAUGUACGGAAACACCAAUAUUAUAGAACCUGCAUGAACCUAUUUUAUAAGUUACCCUUAACCGUAACG